ACCACAACAUUGGAGAUUCGUGCAGGACCUGCAGGCGGUAAAUGCAGCAGUACAUGCAAGAGCACCCAAUGUUCCCAACCCACACACAAUACUCUCACAGGUGCCACCUGGGAGUAAGUGGUUUUCAGUUGUUGACCUGGCUAAUGCUUUUUUCAGCAUCCCAGUGGAUCCUGACAGCCAGUAUUGGUUUGCAUUCUCUUUUGAAGGUAAGAGUUUCACAUUCACCAGACUUGUCCAAGGGUAUUCAGAGAGUCCUGGAAUCUUUAACGAUGCGUUAAAAAACAAUUUGGAAACGUUGAAAUUGACAGAAGGAAGUGCGCUGCUACGGCAUGUAGAUGACCUUAUGAUCUGCUCAAAAACAAGAGAGGCUUGUGUAAAAGACACACUAGCUUUGCUCAAUCACCUUGCAGAAAAUGGCCACAAGGCUAGCUUGUCCAAGCUGCAAUUUGUGUCUGAAAAGGUUAUAUUCUUGGGUCAUGUGAUCUCAGCUGAGGGGAAGUCCCUAUCACCCAAAAGAACCCAGGCAAUUCAGCUCAUCCCAAAGCCAGAAACGAAGAAACAAGUUAUGGCCGUCUUAGGGAUGAUGUCGUACUGUAGACAAUGGGUUGCAAAUUAUGCACAGAUUGAAGGCCCCCUUGCAGAUAUUGUACAUGGGAGAGGUCUGACAGCGAAGGACAAAGUCCACUGGACACCAGAAGCGGAGAAGGCUUUUGUGGACUUAAAGCUGGCCCUCCAGACACCCCCAACGCUUGGUCUCCCUGACAGUAACAGACCUUUCACACAGACUGUUGACGAGAGGGGUGGGUUCAUGACUUCGGUGCUAUUACAGGAACAUGGGGGGAGACUGAGACCAGUAGGUUAUUUUUCCAGCAAGCUUGACCCGGUAGCAGCUGGGCUGCCAAAUUGUCUGAAGGCUGUGGCGGCUGCAGAGAAAGCUGUUAUAGCCUCACGUGACAUUGUGGGUUACGCUGAUCUGACAUUGUUGGUUCCACAUGCUGUCUCAAUGAUAUUGCUUGAACAGAAAACAUCACAUCUCUCAACAGCCAGGUGGUUAAGAUACAACACCAUAUUGCUUGAAAUGCCUAAUAUCACUGUUAAGAGAUGUACAGUGCUUAACCCAGCAACUCUCCUCCCUACAGCGGCAGAUGGCGAACCUCACGAUUGUGUGGCAGUGAUAACAGAGACUUGCUCCCCCAGACCAGAUCUGCAGGAAACACCAUUGAUCAAUCCAGAGCUGGAGCUGUUUGUUGACGGUUCAGCAUCACGAGAUCCAGCAACUGGGGAAUGCCAGAGCGGAUAAGGCAGCAAAAGCUGCUGCCAAACAAACACCGACCACUUGAUGUGUUGCACUAACUAAUGAACCUCUGACACCUACAGCUGAUCUGCAGGGACUGCAGACAAGAGCAACGGCAGAGGAAAAAGCAGUGUGGCGAAAGGCAGGCUGCACUGUCACAGACAAAGUGUGGUAUGGACCAAGUGACAGACCAUGCUUACCGAAGUAUCUGUUCCAUAAUUAUGUUGUGUUGACCCAUGGGCGAGACCAUGGGUCAAAGAGGAGCAUGGUGCGGGAGCGGAACAGAUGCUGGUUCGCAAAGGGAUUUAAUAACUUCUCUCAAAAAUUUUGCCAAAAAUGCAUUGUUUGUGCAACCAAUAAUGUGGGGAGAAGUAUUCAAAUCCCACAGGCGGCCCAUGUGCCUCCUGAGAGACCCUUUGAACACCUGCAGAUGGAUUUCAUUGAGCUGACACCCAGUGAGGGAAAGAAAUAUUGUUUGGUCAUUGUUGACAUGUUCUCUAAAUGGGUAGAGGCCAAACAGGAUUCAGCAGUAGUAGCAAGGAGUCUUAUGCGAGAUAUCGUCCCCUGCUGGGGUAUUCCAGAUAAGAUUUCCAGUUAUAACGGUACACCUUUCAUGAGCGCAGCAUUGAAGAGUGUAGGGGAGUAUCUUGGUAUUGAUUUAAAACAUCAUUGUGCUUAUCACCCAGCCAGCGCAGGAGCCGUGGAGAGGGAGAACAGUUCUCUGAAAAACAAGCUUGCUAAGUGUUGUGAUGAGACAGGGCUGCCCUGGACAAAAGCACUCCCCAUUGUUCUGAUGUACAUGAGGUCCAGGAUAAGAAGCAGGGGGGGUCUCAGUCCUUUUGAAAUCCUAUUUGGCAGGCCAUUGAACACUGGAAUUGGGCCAGUGAAAAGACAACUUCCUGACACCAGCCAAUGUGAGGAUGAGAUGCUACGCUAUUGCACAAACUUGUCCACUGUGCUUUCUGAUAUUCACAAACAGGUGAAGGAAGCCAUUCCAAAGGCUGCAGAGAGGAAACUGCAUGACUUGGAGCCUGGUGAUUGGAUCGUGGUGAAGGAUUUCAGACGGAAGAACUGGCGGGCUCGCAGGUGGAAUGGUCCCUACCAGAUCUUGCUCACCACUGAAACAGCUGUAAAAGUGGCAGAGAGAGCUACGUGGAUCCACGCCACCCACUGCAAACGAGUACCCGAGCCGGGGCCAGCAGCCAAACACCAGACAAGUGAGAUCGAGAUCAGUGAGUGAACCGAACCUUCCUCCCCUUGUGCAUUCAGGGGGUUGGAGGGGAGUGGCGGUCCCGUGGGGGAGUUUCUCUGAGCGCAGAGGUUCCACUGGGACCACCUAGAACCACUACCCUCCCGAACCAACAUCACGGGCACACUGAUUAGGGGGUAGGCAGAGGUGACACAACUGAUAAGAUGACACUUGAGACCAGAGGAAGAUGGCGAAGGAGGGGUGACAGACCGGGAGGCCACGGAGACGGGGUGCUGCUCGCUGUCAUCGUUGUCCUGUCAUCAGUCUCACUAAUGGAAACAUUCAAAUCACAACUAACCACAGAAGAAGGAGGGGUCAAAAGGGAGGUGCCACUCAUCUUCCCCAACAUCCCAGCUCAGCUGGAAGACAACGCAUGGUAUGCAACUAUACUGACUAUUGCCAGAAAAGUGACUAACCAGAGCUGCUACGCCUGUGUGCAGCUCCCCCAUGGGGUGGGGGACUCCAUCCCAGUGGAACCCACGCCAUUAAAUGUCUCUGAGACCCUAGGAGUCAUGGUGGCAUUCACCCGAGGGGUUACUCUGCAGAACAGAACAGUGAGAGGCAUGGGAGCUGCACUCAAGCUAUUUAACAUCAGCAUCACCAACUACGACGGCUCCACAGCCAGGUUUUGGAACAUGAGCCAAAUAACCCAGCAAGGAAUUCAUCGGCCCAUCAUGACUACCAAUCCAACGUCCCAGGCCGGUACGGUUGGAUUCACCAGACAGUGCUACACGUCUAGAGACCACUUCCUGGGGACUUCAGCAUGCAAACAGAUUGUCACUACAACAUGCGGCACCGGGUGGAACAAGGGAGGUCGAAGCGAAUGCAGAGGACCUCAGCCAUACAUCGCUCAGCUGAAUCUGACUCACACCACCAGCUUACACCGCCCAGGAAGCGACAAUCCCAUCGUCCUGAUGCCUACGGAGGAUGGAUUUGGAUCUCUAAGAGAGCAUGUGUGGGUAUGUGGACAGCAUGUUUAUCAAUCCCUCAGACCGGGGUGGUGUGGCACCUGCUACCUUGCUAAGCUGAUAACAUCUGUGAACAUUCUACCCACCAUCACUCAUUUUCACACCCACUAUGCUCACUAUUACUUACCACACAGAGCACGGCGAUCCACUACGAGAGUGUCACUAGGGGAGAAAGGAAUCAGUGGCAUCCUCCCCUGGUGGGGGACUGUGAAUAAUGCACACAAGAUAGAUCACCUGGCCAUAGAUCUUGAGAACUUGACGGCACUGGUAGAGGUAGGGUUUUCCACUCUCACUCCUACCAUGCAGGGGAUCAAAAAUGUGGCCCUGCAGAACAGAAUGGCUUUGGACCUGAUGCUGGCUAGUCAAGGAGGAGUUUGUCAUAUUAUUGGGACUGAUUGCUGCACCUAUGUUCCAGACAUCACAGACCAUCUGAACGAUCUACUGCACAAGGAGAAAAGCCUGGACUCCCAAAGUGUGGGAGGAUGGGACAUAUGGUCAUGGCUGACUAUGGGAGGAUGGAAGAAUGUGUUGAUGAAAAUGUUGGCACCUGUGCUCCUAGUUAUUGUGCUCUUCCUCCUUUUGACCUGCUGUGUAAUUCCCUGUUUCAGAUCAAUGAUUGCUACAGCAAUUAAAUCAUCUAUGGGUCAGUAUCUGAAUAUACCAAUAGAAACAUCCAGCUCUGUUGAAUGGAUUCCACCGUUUGACAAUGAGAUGAUUUGAGGAGAAUAAAAUUGCAUGUAACCACACUGGAUUUUGAAGUAUGAUGUGAGUUUAGAAUAAAAUGUUCAUGUAUGCUCAUAUAUUGCUGCUAGAGCUAUUUACCUAAUGGUUAAAGUUAUAAUAACAAUAAGAG